UCCUCCUCAAAGUCAUCGUUUUCAGAUGAACACCUCAAAUCUUGAAACUCCAUUAGAUUGUCUACUCUCAAGGCAUACUCUUUUCUUUGGGGAGAUGAAGGAGAGGGAAGAGCAAACAGGUGGAGAAAUCUGUAUGUAAUGGGUGACAGGUCACGAAACUCUAUUGCAUCCAACAUCGGAAAUAGCCUUCUGAAACCCUUGAUGCUGCGUGGGUCUCUAUUUGCAAA